AUGGUUCAAAGUCUCUUUAUUGAUACUCAUUCGGAACUUCAUGAUUUAAAUAGAUCUUUAGAAGAUUUACAAGAUGAAUAUAAAUUUAAUAUGGAUUACAACGAUAAUAAGACUACUUCUAAAGACUAUGGAGAGAGUAUACUUUCUAUAGUUGAUAAAAAGUGA